GUUUUGUUACUGUUUUCGACAAAGAUAUUCGUAUCUGUGCGGAACGAACGACACAGAGCGUCUAAUACUUUUGAAUAAGGCUGUAUAUAUGGCUCUGAAUAUAUCAACCUAGUGAUUCUUCGUUUAGAGUAUAUGUGACCAUGGUAGAGAAUAAAUCUUCGUAGUUCAGAUUAAGAUAGUGAUUUUUUAACAAUUCUGUCUAUGAUAGUUUUUUUUUAUAUAGAUCCAUCUUUGGUAGAGAUCGGUCCGUAGAAAUUUUGCGCAGAAAAUUCUUUUUUUCGUGGGUGGCCACAUCAUAUAGAUUGAAAAGACACCAAAAUUUGCGUAACUGCGUAAUCUUUGAUAUUUCGAGUGUCAUUAAACGGAUAGAUCUACGAAUUUUCGACGUACAACAUUAUUAGGUGCUAUCCACAACGCGAAUCUCAAUCAACAAUUGAAUUUUCAAUAUUAAUAAAUUGAUGAUUUGAUUCGACGUUUGGAAGAAAAGUAAAACAAUUUCCACGGUUGGAAAAUUGUUUACGAAAUAUCAGUCAAUUGACUUUCAUAUAAAGAAACAGGAGGGCAUGUCUGAAAAAAAACGUGUUCUCAUUAUUUGUUUAGGAAAUAUUUGUCGUUCUCCGAUCGGAGAAGCCGUUUUUCAACAUCUGAUUAAAAAAGAUGGCCUUGAAGACAAAUGGGAAGUGGAAAGUGCGGCUCUGAUUAGAUAUCACUUAGGAAAAUCUCCGGAUCACAGAGCAAUGUCGACACUCAGAGAAAAAGGGAUCACAGAUUAUUCUCACAAAGCGAGGCUCAUAACGGAAGAGGAUUUUAUAAAAUUCGACUGGAUUCUUGGGAUGGACAACGACAAUAUAUCGGACCUUAACCACAUGAAACCAGCGGAUAGUAAAGCCAAAAUAGAGCUACUAGGGAAAUACGAUUCGAAAGGAGAAAUAAUAAUCCGCGAUCCUUAUUUUGUAAAAUUCACGUAUUUGAACGAAAAUCAUCAAAAUAUUUGUAUUUUCAUUGAAACGGUAUUUUAUUUGUCUGAAAUCUUUUUCAGGACAACGACAGUGCGGGAUACGCAAAAGCUUACGAACAGUGCCUGAGAAGCUUGACUUCCUUUCUCGAGCAGCACAACAACGAAUAAAAAUAGUAAUCAGCGUUUUCCACUUACGUUGUUUGUGCCCAUAAAAAUAAUUAAUUAUUCAAUUAAUUAAUGUUUCUAAGAAUGGUCAAAACAACAUCAAGACUCCCUAGAAUUUUUGUUUGCUACUUAUUCAGGUUGUUACGUACUUUGUUAGCAUCAAGAUCAAUAAAUAAUUAAAUAAU